AUGUUUUUGGGGUGGAUGGAAAAGAACGAAAAAGAUCCGUUGGCGCGCACGCUUACUUACAUUGAGUUCCCAACUAAAUUUGUUUGGAAGAAGGACGAAAGGAUAUGGGAUAAACGUAUAAUAGGCAAAACCAUUGGUCGUAUUCAUUGUGUGAAUCCUUCUAUGGGCGAGGCAUACUUUUUAAGAAUCCUUCUUAAUAAGGUAGUAGGUCCUAAGUCUUUUGAGGACAUUCGUACUGUGAAUGGACAAGUCUUCCCAACAUUUAGAGAUGCGUGCUACGCUAGAGGCCUUUUAGACGAUGACAAGGAGUAUAUAGAAGCUAUCAAAGAGGCGUACUACACAGGUUCAGGUUACUAUCUUCGCAAUCUGUUUGCUACAAUGUUGGCGUCUAAUACAUUAUCAAAGCCUGAACAUAUUUGGGAAAACACAUGGGAGUACCUUGCGGAUGGUAUUUUAUACAAUCGGCAAAAGCUUUUGAGGAUUGAAGGUUUGUCUCUUCCAGAAGAACAAAUAAGGAACCUAACGUUGCUGGAAAUUGAGCGUUACUUAUUACGUAACAACUCAAGUUUAAGGCGGUUUUCGUCUAUGCCUCAACCCGACAGUGAAUCAAUAUACUCAGCAGACAACCGUUUAAUUGCUGACGAGCUUAGGUACGAUCGUUUAGUGUUUGAUGAGAUAAUUGAUGCAGUUAAUAGUAAUGCGGGUGGUUUGUUCUUCGUCUAUGGCUACGGAGGUACUGGUAAGACAUUUCUUUGGAAGACAUUAUUUGCAUCCAUUAGAUGUAAAGGCGAUAUUGUAGUAAAUGUUGCAUCAAGUGGAAUCGCAUCUAUUUUGUUACCUGGUGGACGUACUGCACAUUUAAGGUUUCAUAUACCUUUAAAUUUAACAGAAACCUCGAUGUGUUUUAUUAAAUCAGAUGAUGACGUUGCUGAUUUAUUGAAGAAAACGAAACUGAUCAUUUGGGAUGAAGCACCGAUGAAUCAUAAACAUGCGUUUGAAGCACUUGACCGAACAAUGAAAGAUAUCUUCAAAUGUGAGAUGACAUUUGGUGGAAAGGUCCUUACGUUAACAAAAAACAUGAGGUUAACUGUAGGAGCCAACGCAUCUGAUAUAGAGGAGAUUAAAGCUUUUGCGGAUUGGUUGCUUGACUUGGGUGAGGGAAAGAUUGGUGACAGUGAUGAUUGUGAGGUGGUUAUAGAUAUUCCUGAAGAUUUUUUUAAUCAAGUGCUCUGA